CCCCCCCCCCCCCCCCCCCCCCCCCCCCCCCUCGAGAGCCGAAGACUCGAACCCGCUUCACGAUGGCAGCUCCAGAAUACCUCCCUCUCCUCAAGGAGUCCCUUGUGAACACCAAGCCCGAGUAUCGUCGACUCGGCAAGUCUGGGCUCCGCAUCUCCGUGCCCAUCUUCGGCUGCAUGAGCUUCGGUGAUAAGAAGAGUAUGCCCUGGGUUAUCGAGGAGGAUGAGGCCCUGCCUCUCCUGAAGGCGGCGUACGACCGUGGCCUCAACACGUGGGACACGGCUAACAUGUACUCCAACGGUGUCUCGGAAAAGAUCAUUGCCAAGGCCAUUAAGACAUACAACAUCCCUCGGGAGAAGCUUGUCAUCAUGACCAAGUGUUUCUGGGGGGUUGCCGAUGAGCCAGAAACCAGCAGCUGGCGCCACAGAGAAGGAUACGAAGCCAGCAAAGACUACCAAAACCACUUCGGCCUCUCCCGCACCGCCAUCUUCAACCAAGUCGACGCGUCCCUCAAGCGGCUCGAGACCGACUACAUCGACCUCCUCCAGAUCCACCGCUUCGACCACAACACGCCGCUCGAGGAGACCAUGAGGGCGCUCCACGACCUCGUCCAGUCGGGCAAGGUGCGCUACAUCGGCGCCAGCAGCAUGUGGGCCACCCAGUUCGCGCGCAUGCAGUUCGUGGCCGAGAAGCACGGCUGGACCCCCUUCGUCAGCAUGCAGAACCACUACAACCUGCUCUACCGCGAGGAGGAGCGCGAGAUGAACCGCUUCUGCGACGACACCGGCGUCGGCCUCAUCCCCUGGGCCCCGCUCUGCCGCGGCCACCUCGCCCGCCCGCCGGCCCAGUUCGGCGCCACGGACCGCAGCUCGCGGGAGAAGAACGAGUCGCCGGGGAGCCAUGGCACGACCGAGCUCGACAGGAAGAUCAUCGGCCGCGUCAUGGAGAUUGCCGAGAAGCGCGGAUGGCCCAUGUCGCACGUCGCCCUGGCUUGGAUCAAUAAGAGGGUCUCGAGCCCCAUUAUUGGAUUCAGCAGUGUCGAGAGGAUGGACGAGGCCUUGGCCGUCAAGGGGAAGGUGCUGACCGAGGAGGAGGAGGCGUACCUUGAGGAGCCAUACGAGCCCAAGCCUAUUGCUGGCCAUGGAUAGAUGGUAGAGUAGUCUUGCCAACCCCUUCCCUUGACUGAGUAGAUUUCAGCGAGUCCAAAGUGGCAUAUGUAGGUCUUGAAAUGGUUCAGCAACGAUGAGUGAGAGUCUCAGAAGGAUGGACGACGAUGGAAUUGAUCCUGUGACACUCUACCAUCAGGUUUUUGGACUAUUUUUUCUUUCUUUUUCGAGGCGAGGUGUAAUUUUGUUGUUGAUAAGCUGACCUCGCUGAGCUACCUUAAGCUACAUGGACCUUAUUCGCACCAAGGUCAGUUAAGUUUGAGAGUGCCUCGACUUCCGACCCAGUGAUGGACCAUCGGGCCAUAGAAAUUAGCCGGUGAAUGACCACUCCAUAACAACUCCGUUAAAUACAUUCGUUGGCAGGC